CGAUAUAGCAGCUGAUGUCAUUAAUCACGAGAAAAUCUAAUGAACCUCCUCACUAUAAAACUGGAAGAUACUUGCGCACUCUCGAUUCUACUCGGCUCUUAAACCCUAGCCGCUCCCUUUUGUUUUCGUCGAUUUUCUUCUCAAAGCCAAGUAUUCUAAAUGGCUUUUUGUAACAAACUUGGGAGCCUGGUGAGGCAAAACUUUUCCCAGAAUGGGCAUGUUCAAAUGGCUUCUAUGUUGAAUUCUAUUCGGUGCAUGUCAUCUACGAAGCUUUUUGUGGGAGGUCUUUCAUUCGGAACCAAUGACGAGUCUCUAAAGGAUGCUUUUUCUGGGUUUGGUGACGUGGUUAGUGCAAGGGUUAUCACUGAUAGAGAUUCUGGGAGGUCAAGGGGAUUUGGGUUUGUUGACUACUCAAGUGUUGAGUCUGCAAGCUCAGCUUUGUCAGCCAUGGAUGGCCAGGAAUUACAUGGGCGAAACAUUCGUGUGAGUUAUGCGCAAGAAAGACCUAGUGGUCCACGUACUUUCAACAACAAUUUUCGUGGGAAUGGAAGUUUUGGCGGUGAAAGCGGUUUCUAAGUAGUUGUUGCCAUCAAUGGCCCUGCUAUUGUAGCUAGUUAUUACUGGUUUAGACUUCAGAAUAUAAUUCUCUUAUUUACUUGGAUCAUAUUUGCUUAUGUAUUUUCUUACAACUUUGUGGCGUUUAUUGCAUAUUGUGUGAUGGCUUGGUAAGUUAAAAUCUAGAGAUGUGCAUUUGUUGUUUUGCA